AUGAGCUCUAACUCAUUUAGGGAGAACUGCACAGCAGUGCUAGCAGCCCUUUCUUUCCUACUUCUUCCCUACUACAUAACAACUACAUCCAAAGAAUUCUUACUUUGGAUUGCUAUUUCGUGCUUCACAAAUUGGUGCCUCAAGCUUGUCGUCAACAUCGGCGAUGCAAAGUCCCAGGAACGUUCUCGUUGGAAGCCUUCUGGAGUACUAGAUUUGCUCCGCGGUUACCCUCCUUUAAAAGCGAACGAGAUCCGAAUUCUGGUUCUCUACCCAUCCAAAGACAGAACAGCGCCGCUACAAGGACGGUUCGAGAUUUACGAUCUCGACAAUGGUAGCGACACCAGCGGCAAGGCUGACCAAAAUGGGUACGAGGCAAUGUUCAACACCAAAUUCCCUUCUCACCCUAUGGAAUUCAUGGUCAUAGGGUUUAAAGUUGUCUUAAUCCCUUUUCAUCUGCAACGUGCACUUCUCUGGUUGCGCCAUACGCAUGAAGAGAGGCGGCUGUGGAUCGAUGCCAUUUGCGUCAAGAUGCCUGAAAGAAUUACACAUACUCAGCUGUUCCCCCAAAUCUACAAACGCGCUACGAAAGCCAUUGCGUGGACAGGUGAA